ACACAGCAGCCCAACUGUACUUUGUUGGCUGGGAAGUUGGAGAAGGGGGUAGAGUACAAAUCUAGAUCUGUCCUAUAUAUUUUUUUCCCUUCAUUGAACCGUGCUUUGUAUGAUGUCUGAGAAUGUCCAUUUCUGGGACUCUUAGCAAUUAUUAUGUCGACUCUAUUAUAAGUCAUGAAAGUGAAGACUCGCCUUCAGCUAAAUUUUCAUCUGGGCAAUAUACAAGUUCCAGGCAAGCUGGGCACAAUGAGCAUCUAGAAUUCCCCUCCUGUAGUUUUCAGCCAAAACCUCCAGUUUUCAGCGCCUCCUGGACUCCUUUGAAUCCACAUUCUUCUGGUACCCUUCCUGCCGUCUACCAUCCAUAUAUUCAACAUCAAAGCGUCCCAUCUGAUAGCAGGUAUCUCCGGAGCUGGCUGGAUCCAGUACCCAGAGCAGAGAACCUCCCCGGGCAGGGAUCUGUUAAGGCAGAGCCGCUGCUGGGCCGUCCCGGGGAUGUCCAUAAACAGGGAACACAGGAGUACAAUUUAGAAACUUCUGCUGCAAGGGAAGGGAUCGUUUCCAAUCAAAGGCCCAGCUUCGAGGACAAUAAAGUUUGUGAAGGAAGCGAAGACAAAGACAGGACAGAUCAAACUAACCCAGCUGCCAGCUGGCUUCACGCCCGUUCCUCCAGGAAAAAACGAUGCCCUUACACCAAAUACCAGACCCUGGAACUAGAGAAGGAGUUUUUAUUCAAUAUGUACCUGACGAGGGACCGUAGACACGAAGUGGCCAGACUCCUCAACCUGAGUGAGAGACAAGUCAAAAUCUGGUUUCAGAACCGAAGGAUGAAAAUGAAGAAAAUGAAUAAGGAACAGGGCAAAGAAUGAAAAACCAGAAAAGCAGCAUCCCCCCCCCCCCCCCCCCCCAGCUCCCAGCCUCCGCGGCCGCGCACCCCCACUGUAGUGCUGCCAAAUCCCCCAAACACGAGGGGAAAACCUCCCCGUUUCCCAUCUCCACCUUUGCAUGCGAGAUGUUGCUUAUUAUUCUUUUUUAUCUUCUUAGUAUUGCCACAUAGGAGGCAACUUAGCCAAAACUGCAGCUCCUUUUUGGGGACACAUGCUGGGUUUUGUUUCUGUUCUCUUGUUUUCUUUCUCUAUCCCCCCCCCCCCCCCUUUUCCCUUUUCUUCUCCCUACAGUGUAACAUAGACACAGGCUCCUGUCUGAGCAGCAGCUUUCUCUACUUGCAUUUUCUCCAUGGAAAACAAGACGGCAAACACAACUGGCCACAAACAACCCCGGCCCAAGCCCCCACCAAACCUCGCUGUCUUUCUUUAUCCACGUAAGGACAAUGAUUCUCUAUAACAUUCACAACACCCCGGCGCACACACACACACACACACACUCACACUCACACGUUGAGGUGACCAAGGAACCAGACGAUUUAAUUAAACUACUGCAAGACAGACACAUUCGUAAGACUUGCGUUUAAUUGCACCCAACAAAUCAUUUUCAAUUCGCCAACUUUAUACCGGGGUAGUCGGUUAAUGACAGCCCAACUCCCAACUGCGCUGGGUUUCUUCCUUUUUUUAAUUUUUUAAAAUUUUUUUUUGUUCCUUCUCUUUUUUAUUUUUUUUAAUUUUUUUUUUAGUUUGUUUUAUUAUGCGGGAUUUUUAUUUGAAUCGUGCCAUGGCAGAUAUGUGACUUUGACCUGAAAGUUUAGUAGGAUCUUUCCAGGCAAACCUCCUCAUCUGGUAGUUUUAUACUGGGUCACUUGGAAGAGGAGAAAAGACGGGGAGGGAGGCGAGAGAGUGUGUGGGGGGCACUCUCAGAGCCGCAUUGUAAAUUAUUUAGGAGAAAAAGGGGCGGAAGAACCCCUGCCAACUUAUUCCUAACUUUUAGAGGAGAGGAAGAAUGGGAUUUUCUAGUUAAAAAACUACCUUAGUAGAGCUAUAAGGGAGGGGAAGGUUGUGUUCUUAGUGCUAGCAUAUUUAUAAUUUAUUGUGAAUUGACUUUUCCUAAAGCAGUAGGCUGUUGCAGAGAUAAAGUGCCAACCCUAGCCUGUGUGUAUUUCUUCCCCCUCCUGUUUGCUGAGAUGCUUUUAAUACUUGAAUGUCGGUAGGGUUUUGUUGGGGUGGGGUUGGUUUUUUUGUGUUGUUUUUUUUUUUUUUCUUUUUUUUUUUUUUCGCCUGAAGCGAGCUCCCGG